AUGAUGAUGACCUUUCAGAAGAUUCCGCUUCCACCGCAAAUCUCCGGACCCGAAGCUUUCGCUUUCGAUUCUCUCGGUGGAGGACCUUACACCGGAGUCUCCGGCGGCAAAAUUCUGAAGUACCAAGGACCAAAACUUGGUUUUGUAGAGUUCGCUUAUAUUUCACCAAUAGCGAACAAGUCACUAUGUGAUAAAGCAAUUGGGACAUUUCUUGGUAAUAUCUGUGGUAGACCAGUCGGUUUAGCAUUUAACGAGAUAACCGGAGAUUUGUACAUAGCCGAUGCAUUCUUGGGUUUAUAUGUGGUUUCACGCCACGGUGGCCAAGCCAAACGCCUAGCCGAUAGCGCAGGCGGUUUUCCUUUCCGGUUCCUUGAUGGUUUGGAUGUAGAUCCGGUGACUGGUUUGGUUUAUUUCACAUCUUUCAGCACAAGAUUGGGCCCCAGUCAACUUGUCUUGGCCGUUGCUGUUAAGGAUGCGACGGGGAAGCUCUAUAGGUACGACCCAAACACUAAAACCGUCACUGUUUUGUUGAGCGGCCUGAGUGGCUCCGCCGGAUGCGCCGUGAGCUCCGACGGAGAGUUUGUUCUGGUGGGGGAGUUCUUGAGGAAUAGGAUCUUAAGAUAUUGGAUCAAGGGUCCAAAAGCCAACACGUGGGAGAUUUUUGUACCGUCGAUACCGGGUCCGGACAACAUAAGGAGAACAGACGGUGGAGACUUCUGGGUCGCCUCGAACUCCGUGAAGCUUAUAGUGGUCCCAACCGAGCCGUCAGCGGUGAAAAUCAAUUCCGGUGGUAAGAUUCUCCGGCGUAUAUCUCUCGGAGAAUAUUACGGAGAUACGUUAGUCAGUGAAGUGAAUGAAUAUAAAAGCAUUGUUUACUUGGGAACACUCACGACCACUUUUGUUGGUAAUUUGUAACGAAGAAAGAAAAGCAGUUUAAGAAAAAUUAUUCUAAAGCUCUUGACUCAUGUAAUCCCUCAAAAAUAACAGGUAGUUAUCGAGAAGCACACGUUAAGCUAUUGAUGAGAUUCUCCGAAUGGUUCAACCAUUUCUUAGUAACGUAUUCCUUAAGUUUCUUUUCGUCGUUUCCAAAUACAUUGCACAACGCCCUGACGUAGUAAGCUGGGAACUUUCCGUUGAGUUUCAAGAAGUACAUGAUGACUCGUGUCUCCUCACUGCAAAAUUGGUCUUCCAUGACCUUGAAACGAGAUGUUUCGGGUUUGUUUGAAGGAGAUGGAGAAAGCGACUGAGCGAUAUUUCUUCUAAUGCAAGCUUCCACAGGGCUCUUCUCGACAAUUAAGAUGUUUCUUCUUAUGCAAGUUAAGCUAUUGAUGAGCUUCUCCGAAUGAUUCAGCCAUUUCUUAGUAACGUAUUCCUUCAGUUUGUUUACGUCGUUUCCAAAUACAUUGCACAAUGCCCUGACGUAGUAAGGCGGGAACUUUCCGUUCAGUUUCAAGAAGUACAUGAUGAUUCGUGUCUCGUCUCUGCAUAUUUCGUCUGCCACCUCGAAAUGAG